CGCAGUGCAUCCACUGCCCGCUUCCUGCUGUCUGUUCGUCGAAGCACUUCAUUCAGACAUCUUCUUCUUCCAAAGUCCACGUGUCUCUUCUCCAUCGGCCGGCUACCAGUGCCUCUUCGGGUCUCCAGUUGUUCAUCGUUAUCCUCCGCCGUCCUCCGGUCAUCUGGCAACGAGUUAUGGGUCUGCGUGUCUCGGCCUCGAUGAUGAUGAUGACGGUGAUGGCAGUAAUGAUGAUAAUGAUGAUGGGCAUGCCGAUACGGGUGAUAGUGGCAAUGGGAGCAGAUGGGAGCUGGGCAGCGCAGCAGAGAGGAGGGAAGUCUGCUGCGGGAACGGAGAGCGGCUAUGGUGACGUUGGCGACAUACAAGGAGAGAGAGCUCUGCAGGCAGCCCCUUUAAGUGCUUUCGACAUCUGGAACAAGACUAUUCUUCAAGGUCCGCGCGUGGUUUUGACCACCAGUGCUAAUUUCUACGGUAAUUCAUCCGGAGAGAUUGAGUGUUUUCAAUCUAUCAAGGUCGUGGUGUUUAGCUCCCAGACGGGGGUGUUCUUCUACUUGCAGGAGGAUUUCUGCCGGAACGCUACUACCCUCAGUCGCCUGAAUGGAGGUCAGUCUUUGCACAAGUGCGAUUUACGAGGCCUUGCCAGCUCUGGGACCUCACAGGCCAACUCCACCCUGCUCACUCUUCAAUGGACUCUGGGUAACCCGAACGGCGCAGCCGUAAGGCAGCCUGACAACAGGACAAUGUCAUUCUCGUCGGGUAUUAACUUCACGGGGCUCGAUCUGUCGCGGAGCGAGGAGCAUCUCGUUCUUCGCUCUGGGGAUGGUCUAGCAUUUGUCAACACGGUGGAUGGUUCCAGAAUCACGUACGAGAUCACCGACUUCGCCGGUAAGGGGGAGCUUGUGCUGACAAAAGAUGGAUGCCACCUGAUCCAUCUCACAGGUGAUUCGAAGGCUAUCCUGCUAAUCCGUUUUGAUAAACCGCGAGGAACGCCAUUCUCUCUGACGUUGGUGGCUCGAUACGAGGUAGAAAAUGAGUCCAUCGUGACGGUUGCUUUGGAAAAUGAUGACAGUCAUUUGUACGUGUCCCUGACCACGGGCCAGCUGUUCGAAUUUCCAUUCAACAAGUCAGGUCUAAAUCAAUGCAGCGGUGCAUUCCCAACACCAGCCGCAACGACCGCGGCUACCUCAGCCUAUCCGUUGUCAUCGCAAGCGCCAUCAACCGCAUCCUCUCCAUCGCCAUCGUCACCAGAACCAUCGAUAGAAUCAUCAUCAUCAUCAUCAUCAUCAUCAUCAUCAUCAUCAUCAUCAUCAUCAUUGCCAGGGCAAUCAGCUGAUGCAUCUUCGGCCAGGGGGUCAUCGGCUUCGGCGGGACAUGAUGGGAUUAGUACACGUGGCAGCAGUAGGUUGGCCGACACGCUCUUAACUACUUCCCCGACAAUGUUCCGAGCUUCGCCGAGGGGAGGUGUCAGCUUCGGUGUGCUGGCUGGAAGCCUUGUGGCAGCUUGUGUGAUCGCGGCUAUUCUUGGUGGCUAUUUUGUCGUCCUCGUUUCUCGAUCUAGAAGGCCAGCGAUGGCGGCAUCUGGGGGUAAGACUGCACGGUCUCCUGCUCUCGAACACCCGGUAGAAGGGCCUUCUGCUCUCGAGUGCCCGAUUUGAGUCUGCAGCUCUCUUUCUGUUCUUUUGCUUUCUAUUGUGUGUGGGGUUUUGGGCUGCAAUCCACAGAGAUCGAUUGUAGGUAGGUUGCCCACAUUGGGGCUUCUCUUGUCAGACUGCUCGUUUGCUGCCAAUGCAAAGUCUUCUUUCAUCUAUUUGCCGCCGAGCGACCGUCGUAUGUCACUCUUUACCCGCGUUAUGUGCCUUUUCUUUUCGGCUCUUUCUUCUGAGGGGAUAGCCCUUAACGU